CCCCCAGUCAGAGCUGGUUGAUGUGGCCGGAGAAGCGGGAGAAGAUUGAUGGAUGGAUGGAUGGAUGGAUAUUUGAAUCAUGCACCAGUACUUUAAUUUGUUUGGCUUAUUUGAAGCUAACAUAGCUGCAGGAUUCUCGCUGUACAGAGUUUGUAUUCUCAUGGUUGAUGGCAAUUAUUAUAUGCUAAGUUAAAUGAAAUGUUCUUAUAUGAAUGGGCAUUGCACAUGUGCAUCAACACACCACUGGUUGUCACUUCUUUAUCCCCAGUGCUCGUGUCAUGAUGUCUCUGUGUGUUAACUGGGCCUGAGGACUCCAGUUUAAGUUUUAAAUGUGCUUGUGUCUCCUCUCCAGCAGCUGAAGCAUGCUCUUAGCCCAGAUAAACCGGGACUCGCCAGGAAUGGCAGAGUUUCACGAUGCAGACGGGCAGCCGGUCACCCUCUGUCUGACGGAGGCCGUGACUGUGGGAGAUGGCGAUCAGAUAGAGAGCUUGGACACGGUGAGUCUGCAGGCCAUCACUCUUGCAGAUGGAUCGACUGCGUACAUCCAGCACGACUCCAAGUCUUCGUUUUCGGACGGACAGAUCAUGGACGGCCAGGUGAUCCAGCUGGAGGACGGCUCCGCAGCCUAUGUUCAGCACGUGUCCAUGCCUAAAGGAGGAGGGGAUAGUUUACAGCUUGAAGACGGACAAGCAGUCCAGCUAGAAGAUGGAACAACAGCCUACAUUCACACACCCAAAGGUAAGAACAUUAC